AUAAAAUAUGAAAAAACACACGUCGUCUCUCUUUCUUUCCUCUCUUCAACUUCGCUAAUCGACGGCGAAGAAAAGCAAUUUCAUCAGCUUCUUAGAUUCGCCAUGGCCGUCGAUAGCGGAAUGGAUCUGCUCAGCGAGAGAGCUGUGCUGAUGAGAGAGUCUCUCCAGAAGAGUCAAACCAUCACCGAUAAUGUCGUCUCCAUCCUCGGCUCCUUCGAUAGCCGUCUCUCCGCUCUCGAAUCCGCCAUGCGUCCCACUCAGAUUAGAACGCACGCGAUAAGGAAAGCUCACGAGAAUAUUGAUAAGACUCUCAAAUCCGCUGAGGUUAUUCUGUCUCAGUUUGAUCUCCUCCGUCAGGCAGAGACUAAAGUACUCAAGGGGCCACAUGAGGACCUGGAGAGUUAUUUGGAGGCUAUAGCUCAACUCAGAAAAGUUAUUCGUUAUUUUAGCAGCAACAAAGGCUUUAAGAACAGUGAUGGAGUCCUCAACCAUGCUAAUAGCUUGCUUGCUAAAGCUCAGUCUAAGCUGGAGGAGGAGUUUAAACAGUUGCUAGUUUCUUACAGCAAAGCUGUGGAGCCUGAUCGCCUUUUCGAUGGCCUUCCUAACUCACUGAGACCAUCCGCAGACGGUGAGGGUAAUGGAAAAGCCCACGGAGGACACCAUAACGAUGACUCAGAAACUGCUGCUUAUACACUUCCAGUCCUCAUUCCAUCAAGGGUGUUGCCACUUUUGCAUGAUUUGGCUCAGCAAAUGGUUCAAGCUGGUCACCAGCAACUGCUGCUACAAAUUUAUAGAGAAACACGUACUUUUGUAUUGGAAGAGAGCUUAAGGAAACUGGGAGUUGAAAAACUUAGCAAAGAGGAUGUUCAGAGGAUGCAGUGGGAAGUUUUGGAGGCCAAAAUUGGAAAUUGGAUCCAUUUCAUGCGCAUUGCUGUUAAAUUGCUCUUUGCCGGAGAAAGGCAAGUAUGUGACCAGAUAUUCCGAGGCUUCGAUUCUCUUAGUGAUCAGUGUUUUGCAGAAGUUACAGUGAGCAGUGUCUCAAUGCUACUUAGCUUUGGGGAUGCCAUAGCUAGAAGCAAGAGAUCUCCAGAAAAGUUGUUUGUACUGUUAGACAUGUAUGAGAUAAUGCGGGAGCUUCAUACAGAGAUUGAGACAAUUUUCAAAGGUAAAGCAUGCCUUGAAAUUAGAAACUCUGCUACGGGGUUGACAAAGCGGCUGGCUCAGACUGCUCAGGAAACAUUUGGUGACUUCGAAGAAGCUGUUGAAAAAGAUGCUACAAAGACUGCUGUUCUAGAUGGGACUGUCCACCCACUAACAAGCUAUGUUAUCAAUUAUGUCAAGUUCUUAUUUGACUACCAAGCGACUUUGAAGCAACUUUUCUCGGAAUUUGGAAAUGGAGACGACUCGAACUCUCAGCUUGCAUCCGUAACAAUGAGGAUAAUGCAGGCGCUUCAAAACAACCUGGAGGGAAAAUCGAAACAGUACAAAGAUCAAGCACUGACACACUUGUUCUUGAUGAACAACAUACAUUAUAUGGUUAGAUCUGUGCGCAGGUCUGAAGCUAAGGAUUUGUUAGGCGAUGAUUGGGUUCAAAGGCAUAGGCGUGUCGUUCAGCAACAUGCAAACCUAUACAAAAGGACUGCUUGGACAAAGAUAUUACAAACCUCGUCGGCGCAAGGGUUGACCUCGUCCGGAGGAGGAAGUGUAGAGGGAGGAAACAGCAGCGGAGUUUCAAGAGGGUUAUUGAAAGAGAGGUUCAAGAUGUUCAAUAUGCAAUUUGAUGAGUUGCAUCAAAGACAAUCGCAAUGGACAGUUCCAGACACAGAGCUAAGAGAGUCACUAAGACUUGCUGUUGCUGAAGUAUUAUUGCCUGCUUAUAGAUCAUUCCUCAAACGCUUUGGGCCUCUGGUUGAGAGUGGGAAGAAUUCUCAGAGAUACAUAAAGUAUACAGCUGAAGAUCUUGAGAGAUUGCUGGGUGAGUUGUUUGAAGGAAAGUCUAUGAAUGAACCACGACGGUAAAAUCAAACAAACCAAAGCUAAUUGUGUAAGGUAAAUUUCUGUCAAACUACUUCUCUUCUGUCUCCGUUGUAUAUGGAGUGUCGACAAUUUGUGUUUGUUUGUUUGUAUUUUUUUUAGUGAUGAGUGUGUAAAUUACUUGGAAACGAGUUAUUUCUCUUUUGUAUAACGUUCACGUUUUGAAAUAAGCAUGGCUUACAUAUCUGUAUUUAUUAGCUUCUGGUAUUUAAUAAAAAUGUUGUCACUAAACAGUAAACCACCUUUCAAAUGUCCCAUAAGGCGAAAACUUCUACUCCUAGAAAUUUGGUUUGGGUCAUAUAAAAAAGGGUUUUUGGAAUAAAAAACCCUCACGUAUGUUUUGUUUGGAUAUAAACCCCUCAAUUAAUGAUUCAAUGUAUAAACCCCUCAAGUCCGUUUGUUUAAGGAAUCAACCCCUCCGUCACUAUUGACGUUAAAAGCUGUGAGUUGCAGUUAAGUAUAAAACACAACGUUCUUUAAAUGACCAAAAAACAUCACAGCUUUGUAUAUCUUCUUACGCUCAAAUAAUUUGUGUAUUAUGCUUAUGUCGAUUUUUCUUUUUGAACAUUUGUUUAUGUCGUGUUAACUACUAAGACUUACAUAUGUUAGAAAAAAUCGCUAUUCAGUACUUAUAGAGAACACGAGCUUGAAACCUUGUAUGUAUGCAAAUGAAUUAUCUUUCACUAAAGCCUAUAUAUUGACUUGUCAUGUACGUACAAGAGUAGUAACAAGAUUACAAGAAUUGUAAAAUGGACCAAAUUUGUCCAAAGCUUUCAGUUGCAGGAGAGAAGACAGUUCAUAACGUAUAUAUAAGUCUUAAUAACAAAAUGAAACACCAAACUCCAAUCGCAGACAACUCUUUCACCCUCUUUCUUCUGUGUGUCUCACAAAUCCUUGCAUCUUUGUUUUACAAUUUUGACGCAGGAAACACAAAACACAAAAUGAUUAUCUAACCCUCUGUCCACACAAUUAAAACUCAAAAAUCCCUCAGGCUGAGAAAUUAGGGUUCAUCAUCUAUGUGUCUUAAUAAUUUGGGGAUUUUUUGGAACACUUAGGGAUUUAGAGAAGUUACAAGUCGUGAGAUUAAACUACUUGUUGUUUUGAGUUAAGGUUGUGCUGUUUUAUUAAGAAAUCAUAUAGUUUACAAAAUAAUCAAAACACAUCGUAUUGUUAAACGGUACAAUUAACGGGAGGGGUCGAUUCGUUGAACAAACUGAAUUGAGGAGUUUAUGCGUUGAAUCUUUAAUCGAGGGGUUUAUACCUUAAUAAAACAUACUUGAGGGGUUUUUAUGUUAAAAAUCCUAUAAAAAAACAUAGACUUAGAAUACUAAUGCAAAGACCCAAAUAUUUUUUUAGCAAUUAAAAAACUACCACACCAUUGUUCUUGAACCGGACAAGACAAUACAAGUCGAGCUACAUUCAUACUUUUUAGUAAAAUAAUGAGUGGUGAGAUGUGUUUGUUGUUUUAAACACAUGUUUGGUAAUGGCAUAUCUUUUUGUUAAGUUUGGUAAUGGCAUAUUCCUCUUAGAAGAUGCGAAUUCUCCCAACAUCUUUACAUAGACUUUCCCAUUUACAUCAUCUCCUCCACUUUUUCCCAAUAUAUUAAUUUGAUUUCUUUCAAUGUCAUCCUUACACCAAUGACAUUACAUACUUUUAUUCCCCUUUACACCAAUAAUCUAUUCAUCUUUUUCCAAUAUUUCAUUUUAUUCUCACUUAAAAUAACUUGUAGAGACGUAUAUUUUGAACUCAUAAUACAUUUCUACAUAUAAAUGCAUCGUUCAUAAAGUUUUAAUGUCGGUCUACUAAUAUAUAAACUACGUUAGAUUUGUAUUCGUUUUCAUAUACAGUUUAGGACAAACAAAAUAUAAUUAUUAUCAACAGACACGCGGUACAGUGGUUACACUGAGCUGAUUAAUUAUUGAAGAAAAAGAGUAUUUUAAAGAAAAAGUGGAAAGAACACUAUGGCUUAUGUAAUGGGUGCUUUCAAUUUCUCUUUUAAUGUGUCUCCAAGACCAAAGACAAAGAGAAGCCAUAAAACCCUAACAGCAUCCAUUGUUGAAACUCUCUUUGGCACAACACAAAACACACAAACUAUGGCCAUCCCCUAAAGAAAUGAAGAAGAAUCCUCUGACUCAAUCAGAAGAUCUAACCAUAAAGGGUUUUUUGAGAGGUUCAGAUUUUCUUUAGGGGAUGGCCAAAAACACAAGAGUGCUCACACAAAAGGUAAGAAGAAAGAAGAAGAGAUCUCUUGUAGAUUUUGAUUAUGAAUUGUGUUUUACGUGUGGGUGUUGUCUGAAUGAUAAUCCUCAUCAUAAUCAUAAUCAUUAUCGUUAUGGUGAUGAUUAUGAUGUGGAUUGUGUGUGAAUGGAAUGAUGAAGAUUGCAUGAAGGUUGAUGAAGAUAAGCUUGGUUUGUCUUUUGUUAUCCCUCGUAUGGGCAACUUCGAUCCUUUGGCAAGCUUCGGUUCCCCUCGGAAUCAGCAGAUUAUUACUAUCUUACUCUAUUAAUUGUCUUUGUGCUUCGUUAAGUUUGUUUUCAUUUUGGUUUUGUUUAGUGUCUUUAAUUACGAUGUGUGCUGUGUGUGAAUGUGUGUGUGGUGUUGUAAUCCCAUGUGAUGCACCACUCAGGUGUGUUCCAAUAUGGGUGAGGAAUAAAAGAAUAUUCGGUUUGUUA